UCUUUCAUUUAGGUGAUCUAUAUAUAUCUAUAUCGUAUAGCUUAUAGCUUAUAUCUAUUUUAAAUAACUUAAAGCCGCUAAAAUUUGGGGGGGAACAGCUUUCGCCCUGGAGCGGUGCGCGAUGCUGUCUCACGCCGACCUCCUGGACGCCAGGCUAGGUAUGAAAGAUGCCGCCGAGCUUCUGGGCCACCGGGAGGCGGUGAAGUGUAGGCUGGGCGUGGGGGGCUCCGACCCCGGGGGCCAUCCGGGGGACCUAGCGCCUAACUCCGACCCAGUCGAGGGAGCCACUCUGCUGCCCGGGGAGGACAUCACCACAGUGGGCUCUACGCCGGCCUCGCUGGCAGUGAGCGCAAAGGACCCGGACAAGCAGCCGGGGCCCCAAGGCGGCCCGAACCCCAGCCAAGCCGGCCAGCAGCAGGGCCAACAGAAGCAGAAGCGCCACCGGACGCGCUUCACCCCCGCGCAGCUCAACGAGUUGGAGAGGAGCUUCGCCAAGACUCACUAUCCUGACAUCUUCAUGCGCGAGGAACUAGCGCUGCGUAUCGGGCUGACCGAGUCCCGAGUGCAGGUCUGGUUCCAGAACCGGCGCGCUAAGUGGAAGAAGCGCAAGAAGACGACCAACGUGUUCCGCGCGCCGGGCACGCUGCUGCCCACGCCAGGCCUGCCUCAGUUCCCGUCGGCCGCCGCCGCCGCCGCCGCCGCCAUGGGCGACAGCCUGUGCUCCUUCCACGCCAACGACACCCGCUGGGCGGCGGCCGCCAUGCCGGGCGUGUCGCAGCUGCCGCUGCCGCCGGCGCUGGGCCGGCAGCAAGCCAUGGCGCAGUCGCUGUCCCAGUGCAGCCUGGCGGCCGGGCCGCCGCCCAACUCCAUGGGCCUGUCCAACAGCCUGGCGGGCUCCAACGGCGCGGGGCUGCAGUCGCACCUCUACCAGCCCGCCUUCCCCGGCAUGGUGCCCGCCUCCCUCCCCGGCCCCAGCAACGUCUCCGGCUCGCCCCAGCUCUGCAGCUCCCCGGACAGCAGCGACGUGUGGCGGGGCACGAGCAUCGCCUCCCUCCGCCGCAAGGCGCUAGAGCACACAGUCUCCAUGAGCUUCACUUAAUGC